AUGAAGGCCCUCAUCCUUGUUGGCGGCUUCGGAACGCGUCUGCGUCCUCUUACGCUCUCUGUGCCCAAGCCCCUUGUUGAAUUCGCCAACAAGGCCAUGAUCCUACACCAGAUCGAAGCCCUCGUCAAGGUCGGCGUCAAGGAAGUAGUGCUGGCGAUCAACUACAAGCCAGAGCUCAUGGCCAACUACCUCAAAAAAUACGAAUCCGAGCUUGGCAUCAAGAUCUCCUACUCGCAAGAGACCCAGCCUCUUGGCACUGCUGGCCCGUUGGCUUUGGCCCGCGAGAUUCUGGAGGAAGACGGUGAGCCCUUCUUCGUCCUCAACAGCGACAUCACCUGCGAGUACCCGCUGGCCGACCUGCUCGCCUUCCACAAGAACCACGGCAAGGAGGGAACCAUCAUGGUGACCAAGGUCGAGGAGCCCUCCAAGUACGGUGUGGUGGUGCUCAAGGAGGGCGGCCAGAUCGACAAGUUUGUGGAGAAGCCCAAGCUCUACGUGGGCAACAAGAUCAACGCCGGCAUUUACAUAUUCAACCCUACCAUCCUCAACCGGAUAGAGUUGCGUCCAACCUCCAUCGAGAAGGAAGUGUUCCCCGACAUGGCGACGCAGGGCCAGCUCUGCGCCAUGGAGCUGCCCGGCUUCUGGAUGGACGUUGGCCAGCCCCCGGACUACCUCAUGGGCAUGGCCCUCUACCUCAACAGCCUCAAGACCCGCGACCCCAAGAAGCUCAGGACUGGUGAGGGCUUCGUCGGCCCCGUGAUGGUGGAUGAGACCGCGAAGAUUGGAGAGAACUGCCUGAUCGGACCGAACGUCAUCAUCGGCCCGGGGUGCGUCAUCGAAGAUGGCGUGCGCCUGAGGGAUACGACCGUGCUCGAGGGAGCCGUCAUCAGGUCCAAUGCCUGGAUCUCGCUCUCCAUCAUCGGAUGGCAGUCCUCGGUCGGCAGAUGGGUGCGCAUGGAGAACGUGUCUGUGCUCGGCCAGGACGUGCACAUCGGCGACGAGCUCUACGUCAACGGUGGCCGCAUCCUGCCACACAAGGCCAUCUCUACCUCCAUCCCCGAGCCCGACAUCAUUAUGUAA